AUGAACGAUAUUCACGCUAAUAUCACGCGUUUGAAGUUUGAUCUCAAUGAAACGUCAUCAUCUGCCAUACUGGACGACAUUUAUGAAACAUCGAACGAUAAUGUAAUUUACAUCACUAAUAUCAAUGACUCUACAAUUGAGAAAGCUUUUAACCCAAAUACGAAAAGACUAUUGGUUGAUAAUUUAGAUUUCAAUAGUUUAACUUUCAAAGUUUGUAACAAUUGUAAAAUACCAAUAUCAGCAAAUGCUAUCGACGACCAUUUACGUAGCUGUUGUACAUCCGCUAAGAAUGUUAGUAGUGGCGUUUCAAAUGGUGGUAGUAACAGGAAAAACAACUCUAGCAAUACGGGAACUCCAAAUAGUUCCAAUGACACUUCAAGUAACAAUUACAACCAAGACAAUAGUGAUGAUGGUUAUGACAAUGAUGAUUUCAACAUCAACACGAACCAUGGAAGUAAUGGAAACAAUAAUAAUGGCGACGAAGAUGACGAUGAAGACGACGAUGAUGACGAUGACGAAGAUGACGACGAAGAUGACGACGAUGCAGAAAACAACUCUAGAAGUAACAGUAAGAGACCACCACCGUUCAAUAACGAUGAACUUAUGAAAUUUAAGAAAAUGAAAAGUUCUGGUCAAAACAAUACGAAAAGUAAACAAAGAAGAGAGAGAAGGGUCAAACAAAGGAAUCCAACUGAAAAACAUUUAAUAGAUUUCGAUAAGCAGUGUGGGGUAGAAUUACCAGAAGGUGGCUACUGUGCAAGAUCGUUAACCUGUAAAUCUCAUCCAAUGGGUGCAAAGAGAAGUGUGAUGGGUAGAUCGAAACCAUUUGAUGACCUGUUAGCUGAGUACCAUAGAGAGCACCAAACUAAAAUUGGGGCCGCUGCUGAGAAACGUGCUAAACAGCAACAGCUACAAAAGAAACAGAAACAGAUACUGAAAGAACAGAAAGAACAGAAAAAACUACUACAACAGAAACAAAGACAGCUUCAGAAACAGAAUAAGUCCAAAACUUUAAAAAAUAGUAAUUCCAGUUAUAACAAAAACUCCAAAAAUGCAAAUAUGAAUAAUGACUAUGCACACCCAAAUCUAACCCCGGAAGAAGAAACUACCCAAGUACUUAAUGGUGUAUCAAGGUCAUUUCCUCUGCCAUUAGAAUCUACCGUAUUAUCAUCUACCAGACGUAGAACGAAGUAUUUUAGAAUGAGAGAAAUGUUUGCUUCUGCCUUUUCCAUCAAACCUGGAUAUUCUUCUCCUGGAUAUGGUGCUAUACAUUCACGUGUUGGAUGUAUUGAUAUGGAUAGAACGACUGACUAUAAAUUCCGUAUUCGAGUUCCACAACCGAAUAACACGAGUGGAAUGAACAUUCCAGCGAAUACUAACGUUCAAAGGUUACAGGAAGUACAACAGCAACGACUACUUCAAGCACAAUUAUUACAGCAGCAGAAAUUACAAGCUCAGGCACAAGCUCAACAGCAAUUGCGAAACCAAGCCGUUCAGACUACUAAUAAUUCACCUUCACAAAUACAAAAACAACAUUCUAAUCAGCAACAAACUAUCCAACAACAACAAAUUAAUGGCCUAACACCCCAGGAAAUUCAGCAGCAGCAGCAAAAAUUACGACAACAACAAUUUCAGCAGCAGAAAUUUGAAGCAGCCGCAUUCCAUUUAGCAAACUCAACGAAACCCGUGCAGAAUAAUAAAACUAUUUUAGAAAACAAUGUGAAUACUCCCAGCCCUGCCAUAUCCUCUGUAAGUAAUAAUGGCAGUCCGCAGAUGGACGGAAAUCUGAACUUGAAUAUAACAAACCAAGUCAAUCCAAAUGGCAGUAGAGUUAACUAA